UAAAAUCAAAUCCACCAUAUUACUUACAUAUAAUAAUGUCAAGGUAUCCGGCAUAAAUAAAUAUAAAUUGUUAAUUCCAAAAGAGAGUAUAUACUAUUAAUAAUUUGUUAUUCUCUUUUAGCACAAUUAUUAAUUUUUAUUAUUAUUAGCAAGGAAGAGGAAAGGGUAGAAUAUCAGGAAGUAGGUAGAAGAAAAAUGUCAAAGAAGAAGAAGUUGACCAAUCCAAAAGUUCAGAAUAAAAAAAAAAUAAGAAAAGGAAUGACAACGUGUGAAUGGUGACGUCAUCUUAAAAGCGACAGCAUGGGUUCUAGAGAAAGAUCCCAUUUCUUCUCGUUCGUCCCGUGGUACGUCGUUUCUUUGAAGCCUGUGUGUUUGGGGAAUUGCGAGCCCUCUGUUUCGGUUGCCUUCAUAUACAAAAAAGGGUUGGGUUGUGUUGUGUGCGCCACUGUGAACAAAUGUAGAGUGCUUAAUUUGGCUCUCCCAUUUUUUAUCUUCUUUUUUUUUUUUUCAAAAUUUAUUUGGAUUUUUGACAACAUUUUCCAUCUCCGUUGGAGCAACAUGGGCUAUUGCACAUGUUUCGUGUUCAGGAAGGGGAAGAAGCUCAAGAGCAACACAGACGAAGAGAAAGAGAUCGUGAAGACGACAAUACGCAAGCCUGAGGAGAAUGUGGCUCAAUUGUCUUCUGGUCAGUUGAUACGGUUUUGGUUGAUGUACAUGCAGACCCCAACUUUCUGGUGGCAUAUGGAUCAAUUAGUCUGUAACAGGAAUGGUUCUCGAUUCAAUUUUUGGCAUGUUGGGAUCAUAGUUAGUGUCGAAUUUUGUAAAUCUGGAGGAAUUCUAGGCUAUUUAUUACAAAAGCUUUGAACAAUUGGUAAAAGAAAUAAAAGCUUUGAACAAUUCUAGGAUAUUCUAGUCAUGGUGCAAGGUCUGUCACUCAGUACUUUCACUGCGUCACGUAAUGGUGGGCUGUGUGGAUCCAUGCCUUCGUGGAGGAAGCAUUUCAAAUUGACGAGGAAACCCGGAUAAGCUCUGGUAUUGAAAGGUAUGGUAGCUGCCACCUGUGCCAUCAAAACUUGUUCUUUGGAGGUAACCAGAAUAUGUCAAGAGUCUCGAGACAAAGGAGCGUGAGGGUGGAACCGGGGUGGCUGUAUAAAGGGGGUGAUCAAGGGUUCAGUGCAAGCUCCGAGCGAAGCGAGAGUGCUAAUGAGGAUAUUCUGAUAUUCUGAGGUCGGACCACGACAACAACAUCCUUGAUAGGGUUAU